GGUAGGUGUUCUGUGGGUUGGUCGAUUAGAGAGCUGUGAGUUAUGUGAGGAUGCGUUGUCUACAGAACACUCGACGCCCAAUCCCCCGUAGUGGAUAGGAGCCAUAAAUCUAGGAAGAAGCAAGCGCCCGUUGUGUAUUUUUUUGUGUGUGGUGUGUCAUCUCGCGAUUGUUGAUGAAUCAGCAGCCCGAGCUUCUACGGUCACAGCUGGUUCGCGGAUGAAUCGUGUUGCCCAUUGGUUAACUGUCCUGAUUGAUUGAAAGCGAAAGCGACGCCCGCGACAGAAUGCAUGCCAAGAGGGUGGUGAUCCCCAAAUUGCCUGUACAAGGAACGUCCGAUGAUGAUCAUGGCGAUCAAGAAUCCCACGCAAAAAAAAAAAGGGCUGAAAAAAAAGCACUUCCUAUGUCGCAGGACACAGAAAGCUUGGUCGAAGAUCCAUUGAAUAUGAUCAAAACUGCCUGCAGUGAACAUGUUCCUUCACCAUGGCUAUCUGAUGCUCAACCACAGAAAGAAACUAUGGGAGAAGAGAGACCUAGAAACAUUACACAUUUAGGUCAAAGUGGAAAUUUCAUUCAUAUGGGAGAUGGUUCAUGUUUCUUGCCUGGCGAGGUUUUGGCAAAUGUUGUGACACGUGCUGAAGAGUAGCCGGGGACCGGCUGCGCAGGACAUUGCGUGGAACGUUCAGUCUGCGUCAACUGUAUCAGGAAUCGCUGGUCGCCAACCUACACGUGUCUGUAAAGCUGUUGUCAGCAAGCCCUGUGCAAAGGACACCUCACGUGACCACGACACCCCCCUGCCCUCCUCCAGCUUAAAAAGAAAGUUUCACUGACACCGUCUUGGGCAGCAGCAGCGGAACAGGAAAAGCCCGUGCUAAACUGCAUUUCAACGUUUUCCAGGUUUGUGAAUGGCAUAUCUUUUGUAUUAUUUUUCAAGACACUCUACACUUAACUGUGCCCUACACGGUUGCCCACGAACUUGUUGCCAUGUGUACUGUUACUGAUGUAUCUUACUUUGAGUGUGGCUUGUCUGUUGGUUCUGAUGAUGAUUGCAUGAUAUGCAGUGAUUGCCUCAGUUUAUGCCACUUAGGAACUUGCUCUGGCAUAAGUGAAAGAAUAUUUAAAGGUAAAUCCGAUGAAAUGUAAGAACAGUAGUGUAGUCCCACAUGCAUAGGAAUAUGGGUAAAAAAGGUUAUCAAUCACCCAAAUGUCCUAGCUAUUGCAGAGUUAACAGAGACAGUGAAAAAAGAUACUGUUGCUCAUAUCGAGCUCAUUGUUCAAAUGCUGUCUGACAAGUAUGAUGGUGUACUGACAGCCAUUAAGAAACAGGAUAGCAAGUUGUCAGAUGUGAAAGGGAAAAAUCAUUCUGCAGAACCAAGCUCGAACACUAAAGGAAUUCGAGACACAAAAUGUGAACUGAAUGAACUAGAGCCGUAUAACAGAGAGGUAAAUAUGGAGUUUCAUGAGAUUCGUAAGACUGAGCAUGGGAACUUGCUGCGUCGAUUGCGAUGCCUGCUCUGACAGAAAAUGAUGUUACUGCAAUACACUGCCUUCCUUCAGAAGGGGACAAACCCCAAGCAUCAUUGUACAUUUCUCACGAGAGUCAGUUCGAGACAGCUCGCUACA